GGCUCCAGCACAGCUAGGCAGCAAUGCUAAUCACUGCACCACUAUGUAGCCCUUAUGACCUUCAGAUGAUCUUAAUUUCAAGCGUGCAUUGAACUCCUUUCUAGUUUUAAUGAACUUAAGUAUACAUCUGUGCUUGUAGUAUCCUUCCUAAAAUUGAUAUUAAGGUUCACAUUUUGUUUUAGCACGAAACUGUGUGAAGGACGACUUGCAUUUGGUUUUUCGGCUUUUUUCCUCCUCCUCCCCCCAAUUGCAUUCUUUUUUAAAAGCAGAACAAAUUGGUGUGAACAAAUUAUUGUGGGAAAAUUCAAACGGAAGACAAAGACACAUCAGGAAGCAGAUGUCUCUGGGCUCUGAGGCCAUAGAGGAAAAAAAAAAUGUUUGCUGGUUUGUUUUGUAUAGAUUGUGCCUUAAUUAGCUUUUGGAAUGAUUAAAACCUCCUUUUUCUCUGACGCAUAUGGAGACAUUUUCUUGGACGUCAUUGAAAAUUAAAAUGAGGCGAUGUACAUUAUAGCGCGUCAAAGGCACUCAUUCUUUCCUCUCCUAUGUUUGAUGAUUUUAUUGCUACCCUGCUGCUAAAUUAAAUUUGUCUUUUUUAUGGGGUUUCACAUUCUCAGCUGAGCAUGUAAAUGAUAAGGCACUAUGCCAUACAUAAUGUAGUUAAUCAAAGCCACUGGGUUCUCACACUGCACAAACUCUAGAGAAAGUAGAGCUUUCUUUACAGUGGCCAGUUCAGACAGGGUUUGUCUGUCUGUGAUUUGGAUAUGAUGAGGGUUUCUCCAAUACUUGAAAUAUGGAGGUUAUUUCAUCUCCUGAAUUCUUGCUGCCCAGAAGCCAGUCAAAGGGACUGUCAACACAUGCCAUGCAUGUUGCACAGCAAUGCAAUGGAGUGGCUCUCUAGGGAAAAUUCUAGCGUCCCCAAGUUCAGGGUUUCUUAAUAGGAGGCUCACAAUGGAGCGCUUUGUUCACACAGCAGUUCCCCCAGUGAAUAUGCUCACUAAAUGCAUGUCACAUAACAGGGGCAGCACGCGCACCUAUUCACCACUUUUCAGCAAAGCUCUCCAGGCUGGUGUGAAUUUCGGGGGCCUGGAAGUAUCACAUCGCUUUAAUACCGCGCAUCGAGAGAGACCAGUCCGGGCUGAACCUGUUCCUUGCGAGAUUCGAGCGCGACAGGAUUUUCUAGCUUUCACGCAUCUGAGCGCCCACCCCGUCUCUCUGAUCCACAGCCGUGCCUAUCAACAGGACGGGGAAGACUGGGUCACGAGAGGCAGGGAAAAGGGGAGGUUUGCAUUUCUGGGAAGUGAUCACUACUGUUGUCUGAUCCUCUUUGUUGAGAGCCGAGCGCAGAACGCUGGUGUUCACUGCAAACCCUCUUGCUGUCUGUGCUCAGUACUCAGCCCUGCUCAGUUUAGGGUACUGCUCAGUCAGAUCAGUGGAGUGGUCCUGAGGUGAGCCUGGGCAUGGUUUGAUCAACACAUCUGUCAUACUGAUGAAAGGGACCUGAGCACCAGAAACGCUUCCACAGCGGACAUCCAGACAUUCAACUGUCACUGCUUGUUCUUUUUAGACGGGACCUGAAUGACAAAUAGAAUAGACCCACGGCCAAAAAAAGCAUGGGUGUACACGCGGCUGUCCCCGGGUCUGGCCGGGCAUGUGCGGCGCGAACACGGUGAAGUCUGCGGGGGCAGGUGGAAGACGAGGCACCCGGGCUGUCCGCGGCGGUAUUAAGAGCACAACAUCGCGGUAAAAAACAAAAAAAACCCAAAACAAACCCACCAACACCAGAAAGUUGAAGAUCAUGUUAAUGCGAGCUGAAGUCGCCAGGAAUCUCCAGCCGAGAGGCGGCGAGGCAGGCGGGCCGGGCACCCUGUGAAUCGCCUUGGCUGCGUGCGUUUCCACCCUGCCAUGAAGCACAAUGAGGAUGUGUGACAGAGGCGUCCAGAUGUUAAUCACCACCGUGGGGGCUUUCGCCGCAUUCAGCCUGAUGACCAUCGCGGUCGGGACGGACUACUGGUUGUAUUCCAGAGGCGUGUGCAGGACUAAAUCCGCCAACGACAACGAGACCAGCAGGAAGAACGAAGAAGUCAUGACCCACUCUGGACUGUGGAGAACCUGCUGUCUUGAAGGGACGUUCAGAGGUGUGUGUAAGAAAAUCGACCACUUUCCAGAAGAUGCCGAUUAUGAGCAGGACGCUGCAGAGUACCUACUGCGGGCUGUGAGGGCAUCGAGCAUAUUUCCCAUCCUCAGCGUGGGGCUGCUGUUCAUGGGGGGCCUGUGUGUGGCCGCCAGUGAGUUCUACAAGAGCCGACACAACGUCAUCCUCAGCGCCGGCAUAUUCUUCGUAUCUGCCGGCCUCAGUAAUAUAAUCGGGAUCAUCGUGUACAUAUCCGCCAACGCGGGCGACCCGGGGCAGAGCGACUCCAAGAAGAGCUACUCCUACGGCUGGUCCUUCUACUUCGGGGCGCUGUCCUUCAUCAUCGCCGAGAUGGUGGGCGUGAUCGCCGUGCACAUGUUCAUCGAGAAGCACCGGCAGAUCCGCGCCAAGUCCCGCACCGAGCUGCUCAAGAAGUCCGCCUUCGGGCGCAUCCCCAGCUACCGCUACCGUUUCCGCCGGCGCUCCAGCUCCCGCUCCACCGAGCCGCGCUCCCGCGACGCCUCCCCCAUCGGCAAGGUCUUCGCCGCCGGCCCCUCCUCCACCGACAUCUCCAUGUACACGCUGUCCCGAGACCCCUCCAAGGCCACCGUGGGCACCCUGCUCAACUCGGACAGGGAGUUCCUGCAGGUGCACAACUCCAUGCCCAAGGACGUCAAAGACCCCCUGCACAGCAACCCCGCCAACAGGAGGACCACCCCAGUGUAGGGGGGGGGGGCACAGAGGAGGAACGACACACACACCGCAGUGCGGGGGCCGAGAGCAGACCCCGAGCGGUGCCAAAAAAAGAAUAGGCUGUAGAGCUUUCAGGGCCGAAGUUUAUUUAUGUACCGUACAGUAUAUAUGAAAUACAAAAAAAAACUGGUUAGGUCAUGGGUGCUUCCCGGUAUUUGUCUUUUUUUUCCCCCCCCUCGGUUACAAUCCGAAAUCUCCCAAGGGCUAUCGGGAGUGAUCCAGAAAAAAAAAACCAACCUUUCUGAAGCAGCAUUAAUUCUAUUUCAUUUAUAAUUACAUAGAGGGAAAAGAACCAUUUGGUUCGUUAGCCCAGGUGGCGUGGGUGCACCGGUCCAAGCGAGGUGAGAGACACAUCUUGCUCGUCGGAGAGGUGUCCCGGCGAUGGCCCGAGGCCUCACCUCGUCGCGAUUGUAAAAUGCAGCCCCCCCGUGUCGCGGAGAGCCUCUGUUCCUGGGGCUCGGCUCAGGCGGGCUGCUCGCCGUGCAGCUCGGGGAGGGCGUGACCCUGUCACUUGCACCUGAUGUUGAAUGGCUUUCUGUGUUAUGUGACCACUCACUUAUGCAUGCUUGUCUCCCCCGGACCACCACGUUGACAUAAAACAAGCCAAACACCGCUGCUCUGUUGAAACUAGGAGAAAAGAUUGUUCACGUUCCUUCUGUGUGAUUUUAGUUCUGAUCUCGAAGCCAUCCUUUCAUGUUGUCUGUUUUCAAGAUGGCAAAAGGCAAGACCCCACAAUAACCCUCUGUGGGCUACGCUGUGCAGAUCAUUGUGUAGUGACUGUUUUCUUCAUUUUUAGAUCCAUAGAUGUUAAAGCCAAAUUUGUAACUGACAGAGCCAACAAGCCAAGAAAACGGAAAUUCUGUAACAAAAGACAUUAGAACUAGGUUUCAGAAAACACUAGAGACGCGUGCCCUCUGUGGGUUUCUGAGGAGUACACUGAUGGACAAUUACGAGUACUCAGAGUGGAUUAAGAAUCAGAAGCACUUAAGCUCCCUCUUGACGAUGGGCUGUCUCUGUGUGUACAAGUCACAUAUAUGUGAAUCGUUAUUUGUAACUAUGGUUUAAAGCCAGUCCGUGUUACUUAUAUGCCCUGCAAUAAGACACUUUUAAGGGACGAUGCAGUCUCUCCCCUGGUACUGUCCAAUUGAGAUGAUGGUACGGUACAUUUAAACAUUGCUCUUGGGAUAGAACGUGGUCUAUAUUCAUGAAGCACGUUUGUGCAAGUUUACUGUAAUUUGUGCAGGCUAUAAACAUCCAUGUGAGCCAUCACAUUCAUGAAGAAUGACAUACAGUACACAAAGCAUCUGUAAAGUAAUCCCUAUGUGCACAGACCUAAUGCAUUUUGACUUUUGUUUGCAGUGCUAUUCCUUUCUAGACUAACGUCGGUAAUAGUGAUUUGCCGUAAUCCCUUCAUGCAUACAGGCCACUGUUGCUGUAAGGACACUUUCACAGGUUGCUCAAAAACAUCCGUUUAUAACCUAUAUGAUGUUUGUGCUGCUCACUGAAGAGUGGGCCAAACUUUCUGUUUUGAUAUGGACAGGGGAUACUGGUUGAACCUGUGUGGUUCUGACACGAAUGAAUGAACAAGACCAACGCUCAGUUUCAGAGCCUUGUAGCCUGUGUCCUCUCUUCUCAACUGCAAGCCCGUGGAAAUGGACGCUCUCUUUGCUGUGAGCAACUGGGAUCGAUUUUGGAUUGCACGCGGGGAGAGAUUGCACUUAUCCCGCUAAACUGGGGCAAAUCAGUUAGCACAACACCUGUUAGAUUGGAUUGUGAACAUAAUUUUUUUUUUUUAAAAAGAAUGAAGUGCUUUUCCUGUCUGUGUUGAAUGUUUUCAUGUAGCUCGAUGCCAGGGCUCGACACUGCAGUUCUGGGACCUUUGCUAUAAGCGUGCUAAAGCCGCAGGUCAGUGCACCUUGCUCACAGAAGCAACCACAAUGCCAGUUUCGGAGCACUGGGCAGUAACGGAAAAGUGGAACAAACUGGGACUUCGGCAGCAGAAGACGACGGAGGCACACGGAAAAGGACUGGGUGCUCCUGCUUUUUCCUUACCUCGUGUUUUCAUGCCAGUGUGACACUGGGAUAUUGCGUGACAGUUCACCACAUGUCCCAUCGCCCCUCCCCCACUCUCGCAAGCUCAGAGGAGAAGGCCUCAACAUCGCCUCUCCCCCUCGGCACACUGGAGACUGUGACCGAAACAGCUGUUACCUCCACAGACUGCUCCUCCGACCUGCCUGGAUUCUCCUUGAUUCAGCACACGGAUCUUCUGACGGGCACCCCAAAACACUGGCAGCAGAAUCCCAGCAGGACACACAGUUCCAGCGCUGUGCUCUACAAGACCAGCAGCAGUAGAUUCGAAUGGACCAAAGCUUAGUGCAAAAUGUUUACUCCUUAAGACUGUAUUAAGAAAAAAAAAACAUUUCACUUUGUGCGACGUAGUGUGUGUAUUUAAAAGUAUUAAUUGAAACUCUUUUCAGGGGUAUUAUAUCAGCAGUGACACAAGGGAACAAUGCACAAGGUGAUUUAUUCAUCCGAGCCCAAAAUCAUUCUCUGGUCAGACUAUUUUUACCAGGUUAAGCAAGAUGCACCUCUUUAGCCUUAAACGUUUAAAGUUCAUAGCCCAUAUUUUGCAUGCCUGAAAAAUGCAGGGCACGCCACUCUCCAAAAGCCAGCGGGUGACACUGAAUACACUUCGUGUUCAACUGCUGUUUUAAAUCCUCUGCUGUUUUAAAGCACGCUGGUGAAACUGGAGUGCUCCACCUCACCUGUGUUCACGCAGGGUGUAUGGACUCAGAUUAGACAGGUGUCCUUCUUGGCCACAGAUCUUGAAGAGCCUGUGAGAACUCAAUGUUUCUUCGCACAAUCGCAGAUGGUAUUUCCUAUGCCUUGUGUUGCUUCGGGAAAAAAUAAAUCCUGCUUUGCAACUUGAUGCAUAGUACCUUUCAAUGCUGUUAACUGUCCUAUGGAUAAAGAAAUCACCCUGUAGCUUGUUAAAACCGAGAUUUUGUCAUUUUUCUUUAAAAACUACACUCAAUUUGUAAUGGUAUGGUAAACUGAAUAUACCCUACACUGUGAAUAAAGGAUUUUUUUUUAAGUGUA